UGUGGUUAGUACAUUUUUAGCCCUUAUUCGGAAUCGACGUUGUGAAUUUCUUCUUGUGCGCGGCCUGUGUAAAUAAACUAAGAAAACACUUAUAUGUGUGCAUAUUACAUAUAUGUAGUUACAUAUGUACAUAUGCUUCUCUUUUGGAUACAACGGAUGUGUGUGGGCAAUUUAAUUGCCUUGCUCGCCAUCUCAGCAUUUGGACAACAGUAGCUGAUAUAUCCGUAAAAUAUUUGUACCAAUGAUGAUUAUGUAUUAUUCAAUGGGCUGCAAUUAUUUUAAAUCUUCAAAGAGUUAAAGUGGAGAGACUAAUAAGUUAGUAAUUUUGCAAAAACACUAGUUGCAAUUGGAAAUCAAGUAUGUUCUCCGUUGUAUGUAUUUCCAAGAAUGGAUAAACAGAAAUACAAAUACAUAUAUGUACAUAUGUAAUCAAAAUCUUGUGUAUCGGCAAAAAUUACAAUGCGUUUAAAAAUCCUAUGGAGCAAUAAUUCUAGAGUUUGCGUCUAUACCUAGCUAUGUAUGCAUUAUAGCGCAUGUGUAAAAUAAGUGGCUUUAUGAAAUUUGUGUAACUUUGUUUCGACUGCAAAAUAAACAAAUAUCAAUUAAUUCAAGAUUUUCUAAAUUUGUAUCUUCAACUAAGAUGCCAAAAUAUGGGAUUAUAAUAAAAAAUUAUAGUGGAAAUUAAUGUAAACAUUAUAAAUUAAAAUUAAUUUAAAAAGUCCAUACAUGAAAGUUUGCAUAUAAAACGAUUAAUAUGAAAGCCCUAUGCAAAUAAUGUAACCAUAAUAAACUCAACUAUAAAUUCAAAAUGUUACCACAACUACUACCGGAAAAACGGGAAGAUAGCAAGACUGAAAAUUCAUUCACAAGAGGAAAUAUAACAGACGCCAGCAGCAAAUGGCGACUUUGGUGUCCAUUUCAUCUAUACACUGCGCUUAGCUGGCAAAGUUUGCGAACUUCUCGCCUUACGAAUCGCCGUAUUAUGCCCAAUGUAUAUUUGUUCAUUCUGCUGUUUAUGGUGUUACCCCCACCGAUACUGGCUCAGCAACAAAAGUUCAGAGUAACUCCUUACGAUCUACAAGUGUUAGAAGGAGCGGAAGCUAUGAUGCGCUGCGAAGUGUCUAAUAAAGCAGGCGCUGUGCAAUGGACUAAAGACGGGUUUGCACUAGGGUUCUCAGCUGUUAUUCCUGGGUUUCCACGUUAUUCGGUUUUGGGUGAUCGAAAUCAAGGUGUAUAUAAUCUACGAAUAUCGAAUGCGUCUAUUACUGACGAUGCGGAGUAUCAGUGCCAAGUGGGACCAGCACGUCUUCACUCAGCCAUACGAGCAAAUGCAAAGUUAACAGUCAUAGCACCACCUGGCUAUAUUGAAAUACAAGGCUAUACUCAGAAUUCGAAAGUAGAGGUAAGGGAAAAUCAAGAUUUAUCAUUGAGCUGUGUUGUUGGAAAUGCAAAGCCAGCCGCACAAAUCAUCUGGUUUCGUGGGAACGUGGAAUAUAAAGAAGGUCGCGUUGAUAAAAUUGAAGAGACUUCCUCAAAACGUUACACUACAAAGUCGACAUUAAAUAUAAAACCAAGUGCCGAUGAUGAUUUUAUGGAAUAUACCUGUCAAGCGAAGCAUAAGGCGUUGCCUCCGGAUAUGCCGCUGCGGUCGACCGUUCAGCUUUCCGUUCUCUAUCCACCAGGCCCUCCAUAUAUCGAGGGUUAUACUCAAGGCGAGAUUCUGCGAAGGGGUCAAACAGUAGAGUUGGUGUGUCGGAGUAGAGGCGGAAAUCCACCAGCGCAAUUAAUUUGGUAUAAAAAUGGUUCUCAAAUCCGAAUGGCUUACAGGACUGCCGGACGAUUGUCUGAAAAUAUCUACACCUUUACAGCAGAAGCGAGCGAUAAUAAUGCACGUUUUCGUUGCGAAGCCAGUAACGUAAUGUCACAGAAUCCUUUGAAAGCAGAAAUAGACAUAACUGUACUUUUUGCUCCGACACAUGUAUCUAUUGCGGGACCUACUGAAGCGCGUGUGGGAGACGUGGUAUCACUAACAUGUACAACUGCACCGUCCAAUCCACCAGCGGAAAUAAAAUGGAUGGUCGGCGGGCGUCAAAUUCGAAAUGCCACUUCAAAGACAAACGUCAGCUCUGAAGGUGGAUGGGUUACUGUUUCCAACAUAACUACAACUGUUGAAGCCAAUAAAAGAUCUCUUGUAGUAAUUUGUCAUGGACUCAACAUGCAGUUAACAGAGAACGUUGUCUCCACACAUACAGUAAAUAUUUUGUAUCCCCCUUCUUCUCCCAUAAUUUCUGGCUAUAUGGAAGGACAAAUUAUACCGGCCGGUUCUGUGCAAAAACUACUUUGUGUCUCUUCAGGCGGAAACCCUUUAGCUACCCUCACUUGGUACAAGAACGAUAAGAGAGUUAACUCCGUAAUACGCACAGCUGAUAAGUCUGUCUCUGCGGAAAUAACGAUUUUAGCGAAUGUAACUGAUAACCAAGCGCAAUAUCGCUGCGAGGCAUCCAAUAGUGCUACUGAGAUUCCCCUUUUCGAAAGCACUAUUUUAAGCGUUCAUUUUGCGCCAGAAAUUGUUAAAAUUCGCGUUGAACCUGAAGUUUUAAAACCUGGUAUGGAAGUUGCUAUAAUUUGUGAUUCGAGUUCAAGCAAUCCGCCAGCAAAACUCACUUGGUGGAAGGAUGGUAUUCCAAUCGAUGGCAUAAAUAAUUCGUCAAAACCAGGAUUAUGGGGAGGCACGGUCUCGACUCUGGAAUUCAAAGUGAACGUUUCUCAGGAAAUGAAUGGUGUGGUUUAUACAUGUCAGAGUGCCAACGAAGCACUACAACGCAGUGUACACGAAGCAGUUAACUUAAACAUAUUAUAUCCACCAGUGUUUCUACCCCCACCAUCGUCAACUGCUGUAGGAGUUGAAGGAGAAUCUUUACAAGUCUCCCUUAGCGCUACAGCUAAUCCAGUGACAGUUUUGUAUAGUUGGACAAAGGAUGGAUUACCAGUACCUUCAACUUCUGUUAGCAAUGGUCGUGCAGAGCAUCGUAUAUACGCAGACGGAGCUAAUCUUAACUUCACAAAACUGAAUCGAAAUGACGCUGGAAUUUAUGUAUGUGAAGCCAGUAAUUCAGAAGGCUCUGCAAAGCUCAAUAUUACUAUUGUAGUAGAAUAUGGUACUACCAUUAAAGCUAUAUCAGAAAAUAUUGUAGUAAAUCCUGGCGAAGAUGCGAUGCUAUCCUGUACAGUAGAAGGGAAACCAUUAACCGAGGAGCACAUUAAAUGGGAGAGAGUUGCUUAUGAUAUGACAGUGAAAACUACGACUUCGUUUGUGAAUAAUACUUCAUAUCUUCACAUAAAAGACGCACGCCGGGAGGAUGUUGGUAACUUUCGCUGUAUUGCAGAUAAUCGUGUUGCUAAUCCCACAAAUCGUGAUGUUCUUCUAAUUGUCAAAUUUCCACCCGAAAUCGAUAAAUCGCCAACAUUAUUACGUGCAGCAAGUGGGACUGGAGAACGUGGACGCUUGCCUUGUCGAGCCCAAGCUGCUCCAAAACCAAAAUUUACCUGGCGUCAGGAAGGAAAGGAUUUGCAAAUGAAUCGUACAUAUAAGUAUGAAGUUGAUGAAAAGAAAAUCGAUUCACUAACCUAUGAAUCUACGUUGAUAAUUGAAAAAGUCGCUCCAGCUGAUUAUGGAGCUUAUGAAUGUGUCGCAACGAAUGAACUAGGCCAAACUACGGAAUUAAUUCGAUUGGAUAUCACCUCACAGCCAGAUACGCCACUUAGUUUGAACAUAUUGAAUAUCACACAUGAUAGUGUUUCUUUAGCAUGGACACCGGGAUUUGACGGAGGAUUGAAAGCUUCCUACAGAGUUCGAUACAGAGAGGCGAACCGAGAACAAUACAAAUAUAUCGACAGCUUACCAAAUAGCCACAAGUUGACCAUCAGUGGUUUAAAAACCAACACACUGUACUUAUUUUCGGUGAUGGCAUUCAAUGAUUUGGGUAACAGUAAAUAUUUACCCGAUUUACAACGUGCGCAAACCAAAGAAGCUCCACCACCUUCGCAACCAGCCUCAUCGUUAGGAGGUCCACCGACGACUACCUCAACACCAUUGGGAGGAACUUCUGGUUUACUUCUUUUAGUAGGCGUCGUUUCAGGUGUCACGGUAGUUUUGUUAAAUGUUUUCAUUAUCGGAUGUUGCCUGCACAAACGAAACCAAAAACGACUUAAGCGAGGAUUGGAAAUAUCAACUGAAGAAUUAACUGAAGAUUCAAGUACUCCCAGUCUUGUUAUAUUGGGAAUAUCAAUGUCAGCGUUUGGAUUUUUGAUAGUCAAUGCUGCUUUAGUCGCUUGGUUCUUUGUUCACAAUCGACGCAAGAAAGCUGAAAAUGAUAACCAACCAGGCAAAACAGCAACAAUCGAAAUGUAUGCGCCAAGUUCCUAUAAUGAUACAGUUACCGGUGAAACCUUAUCAAGUGUUUCCGAAAAGAGUGAAUCAUACUCAAAUGAUGGCAGUCAAAUUGAAUAUACAGAUGAGGCACGAAAAAAGGCAGCUUCGACAUAUUUGGUAGAAAGCAGCGAUAUGCCACCUCCUCGUUAUCAGAAAGAUGGUACUAUGCCGAUAGUCUAUCCAACUAACAUAGUCAAUGCUCGAACAUUACCACAUCCCCGGCACCACAGUAAUGUCACAAAUAUAUUAGAUCACCGAGCACACGAUGAUCAAAUCCUCAUAAACAAAGGCGUGUACAUUCCGUCCCCUUCGCCAGCGCCGCCACCUGAUGGUUCAUAUUAUAAUAUGAAUAGUGACAGAUAUCUUUCAUAUCCGCCUAUGGAUUAUCCUCCUCAACUAGAUUUUGCAUCGCCUUCAUUACCAAUGGCACAUCUUCAACCGAUUACGCAGGCAUCUAUAAUAAGUGGUAAUGCAAUGAUUGGCAGUGGAAGCGGUACCCUUCGCAGAGGCAUUAUGCGUGGAGUUAUGGGCAUGCCGCCUCCCGAUGUUACUCAACUAACGAAUACUAGUUUGACUGGUGCUAGCAACAUCCAAUUGCUUCACGAACUGCAUCCAAUAAAUAUUUCAAAUAAUUCAUGCUCCACACAAACCACAAGCAUUACAGGUAACGGGAGUAUGAUGUCAACGAUUCCAAGCAGCACCUCCAAACAGCCUCAAAGUAUACUUAAGGAUCCAAAUAGGUCUAAACCACAGCAACAGCUAUUAAGUGCGAAUCUAGUUGGUGUGGGUGUACCCACUGCUUCAGGUAGUCUUCAAAUUCUCAAUAUUCCCACAUCUGCUGGUAUUAGUGGUAAUCUUUUGAUGACCGCAAGCGGGACAUAUGAUCCGGCAAACCUUAGUACUUUCAAUGCUGCUACUGGUACAACAUUGGCAUACACCGAUGCCGAUGGGCAUUUAGUAUAGCUGUAGGAGCGCACGGGAUUACCGAAGGAAAAUACGCUAGCCGUAAUUGAUGACCCUUCGGCUCCCUCUGUUGUCAGGUCCAAAACUACAUGUUACUGACAAAGAAAUACUCGUACAAUUGCAUAGGUCAAAGUGAGAAAAUAUUGCAGAAAAUAGAAUAAUUAGGCAAGAGAAAAAGAUACUGAGUUUAACAAUAAGAUUAGAUUUAAGUUCAUUUAAUACAAAUAGCCUAAAUUAGUACUUACCAACGUAAAAGACCUGAUGCUGGAAAGGUUGAAUUAAAAUAAUCAUAAGUAUAUAACAAGUACCCAACCAAAUAUCAUCACCAUUGUUUAAACUUCCCGAUAGCCAUAAACAAUUACGUGCAGACACCAUAGAAAAUUGUAAGAUUUGCUAAAGGGACUCACUUAUGAAUUAGCAUCCGUUUAGUUCUAGAGAGAAUAGCAUUACGUAUACAGAAUUUAUAAUCGCCCUUUAUACUCUCACAACACGUUACAACGAGUGUAAAAGAUUUGAUUACUAAACGGUUAUCUGUAAUUAAUCGAGAGAGAGUCGAUUUAAAUUCAGGACGUCCGUCUAUCCGUGCAAUCGAUAACUUGAGUGAAAAUGGAGAAAAUUGCAGAUUAGCAAAAUCGGAGCACUGUCAGCCCACAAAGUGCCUUUAAACGAUAUAAUAUAAAGUUCUGUAAUUAAGUUAUAAAUGAAGCUAUAUACCAGGUUGUUAAAUAAUUUUGUCGUUUGAUAAGAAAAACACAAUUUUAAUAUUCAAAAUACACCUUAUUAUUCAGUAUAAUUUCCCUAAACAUUAAUACACUUGCUUCGAUGAUCCUCCAAUCUGUGGUUCCCGGAAGGUCUGCAAAAUACGCUUCAACAGCCGUUAUGACAUUCAUUUGAUGAAAAACGCUUGCCACGUAUACAUUUUUUGAGUUCUGGAAAGAAAUGGAAGUCGCUGGGGGCCAAAUCUGGUGAAUACGGAAUUCGAACUUUAAUUCAUGAAAUUUAGCCAUUGUCAAAAUGCUCUUGUGACACGGUGCGUUGUUCUGGAGGUUUUUUCUUUCGAAAAUCGGGUCUUUUUCAUGAUUUUUUUCCUUCAACUGGUCCAAAAGGUUGCAAUAAUAUUCAGAAUUAAUUGUUUUACCAGUUUGUAAGUAAUCCACACAUGAGAUGUGUAGAGCCUCUACUAAAUCUCUCUCAGUCGAUCGAUGAUCUUCCAAAAUCAUAUCCUGUAUUUCGGCUAUGAUUGCCGGUGUUGAUGCGGUUUUUGGACGUCCUUCACGUGGAUCGUCUUCAAGGCUUGUCACGUUUAAAUUCAGCAAUCCAUCUUUCUACUGUUCUAAUUGUAGGUGAACAAUCAUUAUACACUUUUAAUAUUCGUUCGUGAAUUUAUUUUCGUGCUACACCUUCCAAAUUUUAUCCAUUGCAAAAAAAAUACGGUAACACGGUGCCACUAAAUGGCUUGCAAACAAAGAAUGAAUUGACAGAUGAAAAUGAAAAGUGUACCAACAAAACAAAACAAAUUGUGGCCUAGUAGCAAUGCUCUCUCUUAUCGAACGAUAAAUUUAUUGAACAACCUGGUACAUAUUUUGAAAACCACUAAAAUGCGUUAGUUCGCUAAAGAAAAAAUUCAAAAGCUGUACAUCUUGCAGUUGGGAUGGUAUGGAAAGGAUGCAUCUAAAUUAGCAUACAAAGUAGACAGUAGGUGUGGCACCACCUUCUUUUUUUUCCCCAGCAACUACUCAACCAAAUUUUAAUCAAAUUGGAUACCAUUACCUUUGCACAUUCCGUUACAGUUAAAAAAUGAACAAAAUCAGAACUAGGGUUACUUCCUAUAUAACACAAUUUUAAGUUCUAUCUUUUUCUCUUACUGUACAAUAAAUAAAUCAACCACCAAUGAAGAUAUUGAAAUCAAACUUUGUACAAUUAGUGUUUUUCAGGGUUGGUAUCUAUUAGAGUAUGCAGAAAAUAAAUUCAAAAUUUGUACGUCAUUUUUCUACUGCAAUUGAUGAGGUUCGAAGCGUAUACAUACAUACAUAUAUAAAUCAAGUACCUCUUUCUUUAUAAAAGCUACUAAACAUUUUUAACACAUUCCGUCCGUCUAAAAAUCAAACUAGCAUGCCGAAUACGAGUACAUACGUUGACGUAAUUAUUUUUAUGUCAAAAUUAAAUGCAAUUUCGAGCUCUGUUCAAUAUUUCAUUGAUAUUAGGCGGACACCUUUUCUUAACCAAUCAAAUGUAGAUUGGCGAUGUGAUUGAAAUCGGUCUAGGGGCAAAAGCCUGUUAUACCUAUUCCCGUCCCUCUUUGCCUCCAAAUGUAGUCAAUUUCGUUCCUUUGCUUGAGUUUAUGUCUCAGUGGAAGAGUUUUAACAAAAUGUUAGGAUAAGUCAAAAAAGCGAAUAUUGAUAAACAUAGAAGUGCUCUUCAAGUAUGAGCUCUUAAUUAUUACGGGAAUGUCCUCCGCCUAAUGGUUUUCUAUUAUUUAUUACUAAUGGUUUUCUAUUACUUAUUACUAGCGAAGUUUAAAAAGCCGACUCAUCAAAAUACCGAUAAAAUUUAAAUAAGCAGCUAAAUCAAAAUGUCGGUUGUCAGAAUUCUAAAUUUCAAGAUUUUGAUUGUCGGCAUUACGUUAUACACCCGUUUACUAUACAUAAGUAUCUCAGAAAUUAUUUUCUUUAACCGAAAUUAAGUAGAAAAUUUUUCUUCAAAAUAUUUAGCGUUGAAUAUGACUUAAAUUGGGUAGACCGGGGUUACUAAUAUAAAAAUUUCCAACACCUUAAAUUAUUCCCCGAUCGGUUCUUCCUUACUUGUUUGUAUCGUUAUAUGAGCUAAUGUGUAUGAAUUUGUGUACAUUAAAACUGUACAAUUAUUCGGUUGAAGUAAUCCUAACAGAGAAUAAAAUAAGAAAACGAAUUGUUGUACAGGUAUCCCUCGAAUAGCACGGUACUUGAGUUGCACGAAAUCUCGAAUAGCACGGUUAAAAAUUGCGACAACCCUCGAAUAACACGGGGUUCGAAUUACACGAAGCCGCGAAAAUUCCUUUUAAAAAUUGAAAUUUAAGGAUCCUCUACCUCUUCAAGGAAAAACAAAUCAAUCUUUGGAGAGUGACAGUGGUUGAACAUAUGUAAUUUAAAAAUUAUUGCGUUUAUAAAGUUUUACCUUUUAAAUUUCAAAUAACACGAUUUCGAAUAACACGGAACCAAUUAACCGUGUUAUUCGAGGGAUACCUGUAUUAUGUACAAGUGAAUUUGACGGAGAAGUUGCGAGUCACAUAAAGGUAUGUUCACCCAAAUGCGUGUACUUAGGAAUAUAUGAUGAUGUAGACAUAAUAAGCGGAUUUCAAGCUUUCAAGGGGCCUGAAAACUCUAAACAUGCAUAUGUAUGUGCAAAUAAUACUGAAAAAAAAAACUUUUUU